GUGAGAUAAAAAUCGGAACAUUCCGUUGAUCAUAGAACAAUGUGUUUGUUUGAAGCAAAUGAAUUUAGAUACACUUGAAAUGUUUUGUGAUUUACUAUUCUGUAGAUAGUCUCGUUUAUCAAAUUGAUUCUGUAAUUCAUCUGUACAAUAUAAGCGGAAUCUAAAGAAUAGAUAAAUGUGUAAUUAGUUCCACUUACAAGUCAGAUUAAUUAACUUUUAUGGGAGAUGUUAUUCAAAUCCACGUAGGUGUGGUAUGGAUCGAUUUUGAUGUUUCUGAUCAGUAUUUAAUUAUCCCAUAUCCACUAAUGAAAUUCGCACUCCAUUGAGUACUUAUACUGAUCCGAGUUUCCCACAAUUUUAUAAUCUGGAGAAAGCCGAUUGCAGUAGAGAUAAAAACUCAUCUCCUCUUCUUGGUUUACCUUAUCAUGAGCUUCGUUGGAGUUCGUAUGGGAGGUUAAGCCACAUAGAACCAAUCAGGUGUGAAAGGGCCUUAUGAUACUGUUGGCAUCACGGGAACAGUGAAGUGCUGUGAAUGUACUGAGUUGAAAGAAGUGGAAAGAGCGAAAUCUUCUCUCAUGUAUGCCUCUAAAGCAGGAUUUUCCACUGGAAUAGUAACAACUACGAGGGUUACUCAUGCAACACCCGCAGCAGCAUAUGCCAAUAUGUUACAUCGAGAUUGGGAGUCAGUAGGACCAUCAAACAAGCGCGGAUUCCACUGCGUAGACGCUGCUGCACAACUAUUGACAAACGCUUCUCACGUCAACGUCAUAAUGGGAGGAGGGGCAGCCGAAUUCUAUGGUCCGUCAGACAAUACCACUUUCACCAUGAAAGGGAAACGCUCUGAUUCACGCAACCUCCUACAAGAAUGGAAAGAUAUGCAGACCGAAAUGAAUCGCAAGCAUGUUCUCUUACAUACAAACGAUGAGUUUAAACGAACCGACUGGUCUUCGGUUGACUACGUUUUGGAUAUGCAUUAACUGAAACUUUGGAGCUCGAAAAAGCUGUCGAGAAAGCAUUGUCACUUGUUGAUCAACAGGAAACACUACUGCUAGUAACAGCUGACCAUUCUCAUUCAUAUGGAGUGGUCGGCUAUCCGACAAGGAACACAAGUGUGCUAGAUGUGGAUAAUACUGCAAAAGUAAGUGUUAAUCCUUUUCCAUUUUUAAGCAGUUGAGUAAACAAGAAACGGUUUCUUACCGAAACACAUCAAUUUACCAAUAUCUGAGGUAUGUAGUAGACAACAAAUGAACCUACUGAUGUCAAUGAAAUGACAAUAGGUAACAUGUAGCAACUUCAAGUUAUGAUUGGCAAAAUAUUUCAAGUCUCAAAACGAUUGGCAACUGGAUCCAUAGUUACAAUGUUCCCAUCGCAUGAUCCGUUUGAAAGAUUUGUCAACAGUAAGAUCGAAGUUAAAAGCUCGCGUAUAACACCGGAACAAAUAUCAGGGCAAAGAAUGCUUACAAUGAUUGAGUCUAUACGUAGUUUCUGUUUGCCUGAUAUGCUUGAUAUAUGUGUAGAUCCUUCAGUUGAUAUCUAUUCCUCAUGAAAUCCAGUCUCAAAACGGAUUUAAUGAGUAUCGAAAUGUUGUUAACUGAAUAUGAAUUAGUCAGAUAUUCAGGAGGGAAACAAAAGAUUGACUACUUCCUUAUCGCUGACAUAUUUUAUCAAGGAAUUCGACAACACAUUCUCGUCAUGUAACAUGAUUGAAUGAUUAUUGAAUAAUGCGAUUGCAGAUGAAUGAGUCGGUCAGAUUACCAUUGAUUGCCUCUUUAAAGUAGUUGAAAUGGGUUGAAAGUGGAGUCCAUGUAAGCUGAGAGCACAGUAAAACAAACUCAAUUGUUUGUAAAACAGGUCAAUUCUCAAACUACUUCAUUCAUUUGACUUUGAGUGCAGUUUCAGGCACACCGAUUCAAAAUUUGCACAGCUCACCAGUUGUGAUAAUUGAGAGUUUGUUGAUUUAAUGGUACCAGUGCAUACAUGUAAAUGGUGAAAUCAAUGAAUUCGCGUAAAAUAAGAACAACGAUUCAAGCAUAAUAAAAUGAAUCCUUUAUAUUCUAGAGAACUCACCUUCACUUGAGCUUGUAUGAGUUUAUGUUUAUUAUGACCUCUGAAUAACUUACUUAAUAGGUAGUGUCACUUGUGUCGGUAACUAUUUGCCUACAUCUUUAUUUUAUCAUUUACAGGCUUGUGUGAGUAUGUGUGACUAAUCACCAGUUACAACCAACAUAUAUACACAUCUUAGUAGGUUAAAUGUUAUUUACUUAGAGAGCGCGAUGACGUAAUUGCAUACUUAUAUAUCUGGGUAUCAUAAUUUCUAAUCGCUCAUGUGUAUUUGGAAUUCUUCUUCUUUACACGAUUAUUAUUAUUAUUACUACUAUUAUUAUUAUUGUAAUUAAUAAUAAUAAUAAUUUUGUUCGAAUUCACCCUUGUUCGUAUCGGCAUCGUGUACUUGAUGAAAUUUAAUUAAAUUUUGAUGAAAGUUAAUGUUGGAGACAGUAAAUGGAUAUGCUAUGCAUAAUGGCAUGAUCAAUUUGUCUCGGAGUGCUCGAUUUCGAAAUCAUUAAUUUGUAGCUCAAAAUGACCUCAUUGAAUGUAUCCAACGCAGAAUUGACGUAAAUACGUGUUUUCACAAAUAACUGUUUAACAACUAAAUGUCAUUAAUAUGAUGAUAAUUCACCAAUUAUAGUGUUGACUAUAAUUUAUACUGUAUGUUUACGUGAGAAAUCUAAGUUCUGGUCAGCUGGUGAUGAGAGGUCACAAUCACCCUGACUUUCACUUGUCUUUGUAAAUGGGUUUAUAUUCGAAAAGUAUAAGGUAGAUUUUCUGAUGUAUCACAGAAAUUAAUAGUAUUUUCCCUGUAUCACACAGUAACAUUUCUUCGAAACAUUUAAUAUAGUCACUGAAUAUCUACUCUUCUUUACAUUGGGAAAUCAAAAUGUUGAAAGAUUUUGAGGAAAAUUAUAGUCAUUUGGAACAACCUAGUUAUUUUUCAAAAUAUCCCAACUUACACGUCUCUGUCAUCAAUAAUAUUAUUACGGAUUGAAAUAGUGUGUGAUAUACAAUUAAAGUAGACCAUAUGAGAAACAUUGAUACACUCGGUGAAAUGAAGUUAUCUAAUAUUGCUUUGUUUUGUGUUACAGGGAGAUGAUAAUAAAUCAUAUCUCAUAUCUUCCUAUUUCAAUGGACCAAGAGGUAUAUUGGAUGCACCUCGAUCGGAUCCGGCAACAGAGGAUAGAUUUGCAAGCAACUAUACUGCAGAAUCAUUAGUGAGACUGAGUUUUUCUACACACAGUGCUGAGGAUGUACCGAUUUAUGCUAAUGGACCUUACAGUGAACUAUUUCAUUCUUCAUUGGAUAACACAUUUAUUGCACAUGCAACUAUGUACUCGCUUUGUAUCGGACCAUACACGAAUCAGUCACAUUGUAACGAAGGAAACAAUGGAUCUCAACUCAGAGGACUUCAUCUGAAUAACUUUUAUUAUUUACUAUUUCUCAGUGUUAUUUUGUACACUUUCGUACAUUAGUGCAUAUUUUGUGGUAUUUUGUUCAAAUUAUUAAUUUCAUGUGUUUUAUGUAAGCAUAUUUGUUAUUUGUAAUAUUUAUCAGGUUAGAUUAGAUAAGGAUUCAUUAAAUGAAUUAUGGAUAUACAAACAUGUAUUUUGUGAAUGAGUUUGUCGUUCAUAUGCAGUUCAUAUUCUGUUUAUCUGUUUUUGAUAUUCAUAUUUAUAUAAGAAUUUGUCAAAGCGAAAAUCGAAAUUGUUAUCAUCACUUAAACUACAGUGUCAGACCUUCAGUACCAAUACAGAUAUUCAUUGUAGUAUCGUUGAUAUACUAGAAUUUCGUCUCGUUCCCACACUUUCUAAAACAGUCCGUUAAAUAAUCACUAAGCACCAAUUUCUUGAAUUACUUCGGGACUUGGAUAACGUCAAAACUAUCUGUAGUAAUGUAUUCGUUAAAGAUUAUUUUAUUAAUGGAGUGGUGAAUAACAUGUUGGAUCCUACUGGUUGACAAUCGAGAAAAAUGCCAAAUACUCUAUUUCUGGUUCCAAUUAUUAUGGGUAUUGCAUUGCAUUUCAACUAGAUAGCUACCAAGAGGCCUAAUUUAUGAGCAUAAUUGUUUCACAUUCAUACAUAUAAUAAGAGUGAAGUAUGAAUUGACUUGAACAACUUUGUAAAUUGUCAGUAAACUUCAAGGUUUAAUCUGACUUGUAUAGAAGACACUUAUGCACAAAUCCAACUCGUACAAAUUAAGUGAAAUUAUACAAUAAUUUCAUUUCUUGCGUAAGUUCAUUCGGUGUUGUGAUCCUUCAAAAGCUUGGUUCAUUAUGAUGAUUGCUUCAGAUGAAAGUAGGCAUUUCAGAACUAGUUCACAAAAACAGUAUCUACCAAUUCGUUAUAGUCAGAAUGAAAGUGGUUCUUCUCAAAUGUUCUGUUUUCUCUAUGUGUCUUUGCAAUGAAUGUUGUACUA